UAGAAAUAGUCACGCUCCGACUACUUCAUUCAGAUAUUUUGGUACCAGAUUCAUACCAUGAAUUCUCCUGUAAAAAGCAACGAGGACGAUCAUGUUAUAUCCACUGUGUCGAAAUGUGUAGAAAAUGCGCUUGAAGUGGCUCUACGCGGCGCGUUUGAAGUCGCGCUGGAGAUCGCAGUGAAUGAAAUUAAAAGCAGUUUGAUGACUCAAACGCUGCGCGAUCAGAUACAUGAAACCCAACAGGAGAACAUCACCCUGAAACUACGACUACAGCAGGUCCAUGCUGCACAAGACAACCCAAAACAACUCACUGCUGCUGAUCUGAACCAGAGCAGAAUCAAAGCGGGGAACCUGUGUGAAAAACAGGAGUUUGAUGAAUGUGUUGUUAACAGUGCAAAAAAUAACAGUGAGCAGCUAAAUGGACAUCCCUGUGAAAAUAACACAGAUUACGAUACCUCAGACCCAGAAAAUGAGUUUAAAAUAGAUCACAUACAACAUAUGAAGUCAAGUGAUCAAGACCCAUCAUCAUUUCAGUCUGCGCUUGAACAGGUUCAGGUAAAGAAUGAAAAGCCAGAACCAGUCUUGGAUGCCAGUUCUGGAUAUGUUUCUGAUGUUAGACUGGACUACUGUUUUGUCCAGAGGUCUAAUAAGGAGCUUGGCCUUAAUAAAAUAGCGUUAGACCAGUCUAAACCGUUUGAAGAUUGGAUUCCUGAUGCAGAGCAGCAACACAGUGAAACAGGGCCAUUGGAUCAAAGACCCAGCCUUGAUAUUUCUUUAGGUACCCCAGCAAUCAGUUUGUUAUCCAGUGAUUGUGUAUCUCCAUUCUCCACUCCAUUUGAUGGCCUCUACCAAUCAUCAGACAAGACCUCCCUCACCCUGCCGCCCCAAAACUUUAGAGACCAGUUGAGGAGAAAUGUCCAGUCCAGCCUGUAUGAUUGUAAAUUCUGUGGUCAUGCAUUUCACAGUGAAAGUGAUCUUCAUAAUCAUUAUGUUCUAUAUCACAAGACUGUAUUGAAGAAAGUGAGGAAAGGUGCCGGUGCAGCCAAGCCAAAAAAGCAGAAACACCAACGUUUCCCUCCUGGGUCCAGCAAAAUUUACUGCACUGUGUGUAACCAGGUCUUUAAACGCAUGGAGAACUUGAAGACUCAUUUGCGUAUACACACUGGCGAGCGUCCUUAUGCCUGUUCAGUAUGUGGGGCACGGUUUCGCCACGCUGGGGUGCUGACACGGCAUUUUCGCAUUCACACUGGGGAAAAACCUUACAUAUGCUCAGAGUGUGGAAGAAGUUUUAGGAACUGUGGAGGUCUACGCAUCCACCAGAGAUCACAGUCACACAGUAGAGAAGUGCAUUCAUUGAACAAAUGAUGCUGCAUAAGGUUUUUUAUUGAAGAGAUUAAAAACUGAACAGCUAAACA